CAUUAUGUGCAAUAUUAGAAAAUAAAUAGCUAGCGUUAUAAAAACUUCGAAUCACAUAGUUAACAUAGAACUGUUAUCAUUUUUUAGUCAUUUUAUUCAUUUAUUAUCUCAGCUACAUUCUAGUCAUUGGAAUAAAUUUUUAUGAACUGGAACAAAUUUUUUACCGGUACAGCAGACCACGGGGAUUAUGGGAAUGAGGAGGAGACGGAAACGGAGGAUGAUGAGGAUAUCACUGAUAGCACCGAAACUGUAUCCACCGAUAAAAAAUCACACUUUCUAGGAAUGCACUUUCAUAAACUUUCACAUAAUGACUUACCACAACAAUGUAUUAAACUGGCUUUCUUAAUAAUCAAUAUUACAACUCUUAUUGCAGGCAUUGUUGGCAUUGUAACCUCUAUAUGGAUUUUCACUGACAAUAGAAUAAUGACAAGGCUGAUAGAUCAACGCUUUCAUGUUACAUCGCUAUUAUUUAUUAGCUUCAUUGGAUCACUAGUAUCGUCAUUGGGGAUUCUUGGUGUACUUCGAAGAAGAAGGAAAUUUUUAAAUAUUUAUGCUUUGUGUUACUUGACAUUUCUCUGCAUCAUAUUUAUCAGCGCUAUAAUGAGUUUCUGGAUUUUCGAAGAAAUCACGAAGAGGAUUCAGUUUGACAUGAAUACCGCCAUCGAAGGAUAUCAUUCUUCGUCUUGGAGCAGAGAAGCUUGGGAUAAUACCCACAGAUAUUUGAAAUGUUGUGGAGUAAAGUCUGCAAUGGAUUGGGCUAAGUAUCACGUUGAAAUUCCGACAAGCUGUUGUUCCAGAUCCAUCGGACAAUGUUUACAAAUGACAGAAGCGGUGGCAUAUAAAUCAGGAUGUCUAAAAAACGCGAUACUAUUACUGAAGUCUCAUAUACACACCAUUAGUAUAUCUGUGCUGUUGAUUUUUCUAACCAUAGUGAGUAGAAUAAUUCUUUGUGUGAAUAUACGGGACUUAUCAAAAUAUGUAGACAUGAUUUUAGGUGUCAAUACGUUAUAUAAGAAUGACAAAAAAACUUUACGACAGUAUACGAUAAAUAUACUUCCCACAUAUUUUGAAACAGCCUGUACUCAAAGCAGAUCAGAGUCACUCAAUUAUUUUCCUGUUUCAGUUAAUGAGUUUCGUUCUUGUGCUCUGUAUACUUGCUAGAAUGAAGAGACAAGAUUGAAGUUGAGUAAUCGAAAUGAAAAAUAUCAGAACAAAACGCGAGAAACGGUAAAAUUUUAGUCGGAAUGAGGCGAAGGUGAACGAGGAUCAAUGACUAUAGAUGAGACAAUGACAAACUCGCUGUGAAACGUUUUCUCGCUUUUAUUAUCAUAUAUAGAUCAUAUAUUUUCUGAAAACACUUAAUAUAUUGUACUUAUGAUAGUAAUAUUGUAAUUGUUACUGGACAUGCUGGUUUGGGUUUUUCGCGACACACGUGUAUGACAGCGGAAUUUGCUUCGAAAAAAAUUUCUCUUCACGUUUCUCUAACAAAUGGAACCAUCGAUCGAUGGAUGGCAGUUUCGUCGAGGGUGUUUCUUUUUUUUCACCGCGUGACACGGCUGGAUAAUAAGAUUAUAAAAAUUCUGUCUGACCAUCGUUCGCUUUCAUCCUCGAAAAUGGGCCUUUGUUGCGUAGCGAAUUUACCGGGUUUUACGAAAUUCGUCGUAAUAGUUAAUAAUAAUAAUAAUGGGCAAAAUUCCGACGCGGAUAAUCUCGUCGUUAUAUUAUGCGACACGAAAUAUUGACAUCGUAAUAUGUAUGUAAUUCGUCGAACGCGAUACACAGAAUCUUUCUGUCUUUAUCUCUCCCAUCGUCGAUAGGUCACGCAAGCAGCGUCUGUGCGUUGCACCUUACGUUUUUGUCCCACGAAUGUCUCGGCAUCUAUCUUCGUUAUCAUGUACAGUAAUCCCCAGAUAAGCGCCCACUUUUCUUUUUAAUUAGGAUAAAUCACAAAAAUUCCUUAGUUCCUCCGUAUAUUUCUCCGUAGAUCAUGAAUAGCCCAUGAUAACCACCGAGCUUAAAAAUUUCUUUAACUUUAAAUAUUUCUUCGAAUCGUUAGAAAUAAGCAAUAUAGAGAUUGAGAAGAUAAAAGUAUCAGGAAUUUAUAUAUAUAUACCAUCACUUCUUUCUAAUAAAAUCCAAUGUGAUUUUUAGAUUCUUAAUCUCUAUUUGAAAUUUCUUCUGAACUUUUUAAUUUUCCUAUACAUAUAGAUAGACUCUGGUAUAGACUCCAUUUCUUAUGGACCCUAUUCGUGGACGCUUAACCGGGUGUUAUUGUAUACAUAUGCAUAUAAUAUCUAGUACCUCUGUGUGAAUCCGUAUACGUGUGUGUGUAUGCGUGAGACACGCGCCAGUCUGAUGUAUAGGUCUGUGUUUAUGUGAAUACGUGUACAGUGAAUCAUUGAUCAUAGAGGACAGGGCUGUGGGCGCAGUUUCCAGGCAAGUUCCAUUCAAUUACAGAUAUAUUAUAUCAUAGCAAACAUCGUGACUAUUUACAAUAAAUACAGUCGAUUAGAUUAUAUAAAUAAAAUAUAUCGUAUCGUUAGUUUAGGUUUACAGCAACACGUGACAGUAAACAAUUAGAUCAGCGGCGAAGUAGCAUAAUCUACUUAGGGUAGUGGUCGUAGUAGCUGUAGCAUGACUGAUUGCGCAUUCAUUCAUCUCUUUUAUACGUUUAUUUCACGCGCGCACUCUCUCUAGUUUCUCUUUCAUUUUUUCUUGCUCGCUCACUCUGAAUAGAUCACCCUCAUGUUCUAACUUGUGCUCAAACUUCUGUGUUGUUCUUGAUCUCGACUUCAUUUUUGGUAUCAUUGAAGGACGAAGUUCGCUUCGCGAGAAUCGAGUACACCACGUGUGGUCCGACGGAUUCAGCUAGCUCGGCCAUAACUAUUUAAUAACGACAUCUCGCGUUCGUUUCCCGUACAAUCCGUGUAUCUUUGCGUCGUAGUGAUAAUUAAUGCAAUAAUAAUUAGUAAUAAUGACGAUCAUAUUCUCGUUCGAGCUUUCUCUACCCCGUUAAUUCCAGAAGUAUUUAUAUUUAUAUAUUUAUACGUAUAUUUAUAUAUUUAUAUUUAUACUCGUAUUUAUAAGUAUGCUUCGCGUGUAAACCCCGCGAUCGAAAACUUCGGGGGAACGCGUUCGUUUAUCUUUUUCUUUAUUUCUCUUAUAGAAAGUUUUUAGCGAGACGAGAUGAAACUUCACGGAAGUUAAGAGAGCGAAUCUGUUCACUUGUUUUUUUUUUUUUCAUUUCGUUCCUUUUUUCUUUUACUAUUUUUUUCUCCUUUAGUGCUAAUUAGUUACUCGAAUAGUACAGUUGAGACAAAAUGGUUCUCGCGACCCUGCACGUUGAAUCCGCCUUUUAAAACGCUGAUCAACUCGCGCCGACCUGAUCCGCUUUUAAUAAUUUGACACUCACUUUGAUACUUCAUUUCAUUUCUUAGCCGUUUUAAAAAAUAGUCGAUUCUUUGAACGCCAUUGCCGAUUCAACGGUUAUACACGUUAUAUAUGUAUGUAUAGAUUAUACGAAUAAACUGGGGCUCGAGGAUAGGGGAACCGGAGGAAUGGGGCAGGUUGGGAUCAAGGUUAAGGAAUGUGGAGUGUUUAGAAAUCCAUGAAUCGAUGCGUGGUUUGACCACCAAUGUUCUCGUAGUCCUUUAUCGCGUAUAAGCGGCUCGCCCUUCCGCCACAUGGUGUGAUUAUGAUAUUGGCAGCAUAAGUUCGAGAGAUAAUGGCGGAAGGACGAAAGAACACGUUAAUUAUCGAAUAUAUACGAUAUCGAGUAUGUAAACGACAAAUUUUUAACGUAUUUGAGUCAUAUAAAAAAAAAAAAAAUGUAAAAAAAAGACGAAGAAAUCAAUUUUCAAUUUCGUUAGGUCACGACAGCUUGCUUGGACCACAGAGUUUGGAGGAUUUUUGAUGUUCAAUGCAGCUCUAAACACUCGCUCGAGUCAAAAAUACGUUUAUGAAGCUUUCCUAUAUAAUCUCUUUUUUCUUUCUUCCCUUUCUUUGUUUUUCUCUUUCUCUCUCUCUCUCUCUCUAUAUAUAUACUUUGUAAUUUUUCUUCGUUUAUACAUUCAGCGUAAGGUAAUUCCUUUUUUUUAUAUGUUUUUUAAAUUUUUCUCAUCUAUCCAGACGAUAAUGUUGCUGUACCGCUAUCUAUCUGUUUUAAGAACGGCACUGUCUAAAGCCAUAUUCGCAAAAUAUUCAAUGACAAGUAUGAAAUUUUUUGAAGAAAUGCGGAAAAAUAAUAGGGCAGAAUUGAGAUUAAAAGAAAAGAGAUGAUAAAGAAAAAUAGGUACGGUUUGAAUUGAACGAAGAGCAGGACGGAGUAGGAGUAUAAAGGG